AUGUUUCCGAAUCCCCCUCUUCCUCAAGCGUACGCCGACGUCGCGUACAAUCUUCUCCUUGCGUCGAUCUGCCGUCGCUGGCGUUGCCUGGCACAGCGCCACGUGUCCACGCUCCUCAUCAAGGAGGACCGCGCCGUGUCUCGCGAGGAACUCGGCGCGGCGGUCGCGUGCUUCCCACACCUCACGCACCUGCAUCUCAGUGACGGCAGCGCGCAGCCCAUCGACGACUCCUUCCUCGCUCGCCUCUCCGCGUGCUGCCCGAAGCUGAUGGCGUUCCACCUGGGGAGGGCCAUCGUGCAGAAUCCCGAGUUCGACCCGCCGGGGGACACCUUGCUCACGCCAGCGGGCUUCGAUGUGCUCUUCCGCGGCUGCACGCAGCUGGAGCACCUCUCGCUGGACUGCUUGCAUUGCGAUUUCGGGUUACCACCUUCGCUCUUCCAGCUCGUGCAUCUCCGAUCCCUCGCGCUGGCCGAUCUGUCCGCGGUAACGACUCCAGAAGUGAAGAGCUUGAGCGCGCUCACGGCGAUCGCCAUCGACACGGCGGUGUGGGAUUUCGACGACCUCGAGCCCCUCGCGCACCUGCCGCGCCACGUCCCUCUCCGUGCGGCACGAAGUUCCCCGUGCAGCCUGCUGGAGCGCGUGGCGCUGUACGAGUGCGACGAGCUGAGCAAUCUCCCCCACGACAUCGCCGAGCGCCUGCCGUGCCUGCGCGAGCUGAGCAUCAGCGCAUGCGACACUUUGCUGGAGCAGCCCGAGGCGGUCACGUUGCUCACCGGGCUGCGCUCCUUGAAGCUUGCCAGGUGCCCAUUCGUGGGCCUGCCAGACUACUUGGGAGAGUUGCCUGCGCUGGCAACGCUCGUGCUGCACAAGCUGAACGUCUACUUCCCCGGGUCGUGCAGCCAGCUGCAGGCCCUUGACACGCUCGUGGUCACGGACUGCGAGUACCUGGACGACCUACCAGAGCCGCUCGCCGCCCUCACCGCGCUCAACACCAUGUGCAUCGCGGGUUCUCCCUUCGUGGUUCUCCCUGACAACAUCGGAGGCUUCACCAACCUCCAAACCUUAUUCCUCAAGUCGUACAGGGCUCGAAAAACCCUCCCUUCCUCCUUCACGCAGCUAGCGUCGCUCGCGCGCCUGGAGCUGCACGAGUGCGAGUUGGCGGAGCUGCCAGACGCGAUAGGCGAGCUGAGGCGCCUGCGCGAGCUACACGUGCUGUCGUGCCCGCGCAUCCAGCAGCUCCCAGAGUCCAUGGCCGCGCUGCUGAGCCUGCAAGUGCUCGUGGUGGACAAGUGCGGCAUCCUCUUCUCCGUGCCCAAGAGCCUCGUCAAUCUCACAAGGCUGAAGCAGCUGGAGCUCUCCGAAUGUGGCAGGCUGAGGCGAGCCCCUGAGUUUUUGCCGGGGUCGCUGGAAACCAUAUGCUUGGAGAAUGGAGCCCAGCAGGUGAUGCAUCUGCCGGGUACCUACUCUCUCCCACGCCUCAAGAGCGCAAGGUUGAACAUGAUCAUCCUUCCACUUGCUCUGUCCAGCAGCCUUUCCUCAUUGGAGCACUUGCAUGUGGUGUUGGCGUGUGAGGAGUUCCCAUUCGCGUUGACGGACCUCCCUUGCCUGCGCUCCCUCACACUCAUCACCAUUGGAGUCAUGCAGCUGCCAAACUUCUCCACCUCAACACUGCAGGAGCUGCGGCAGCUGGAGUUACUCUUGCCUGAGCUGAAAGAGGUCCCAGCCACCAUCUCAGCGCUGCAGAAACUCACCUACCUCGAGAUCAACGCCCCCAAUCUGCCUUCCUUGCCCGAUUCAAUCGGGGCGCGAUCCCGACUAGGCAAGCUGAUUCUCUCCAACAGCCCAGCGCUCACGCAUCUCCCGGCCACCCUCACGCAGCUGGCCUGUGUGCGUGAGCUGCGAGUGCACAGUGCCGCCAUCACAUGCCUGCCCGCCAACUUGUCUCGCCUCACCCGCCUGCACAAGCUUGACUUGGAGGGGUGCGCGCAGCUGGAGGCGCUGCCGGAUGAUGUGGGCCAACUCAAGCUGCUGGACUGUGUGGUUUCCAGUGGCUGUGACAAGCUGCACGACAGUGAAGGCAAGAUUCGUCUCUCUGGGGGAGCGCAAGGUGGUUCACAACCCUUUAAUUAA